UGUUAACUUUGAUUGUUUUUGGUUUGCUCUAAUUACAUAUUUCGUAUAUUUGUUCAAAAUGGUAGCAUUAGGGCUUUAUGGAGUUUGCUCUAUUCAGAUUACAAUUGUCGGCAUAAGUAGGUUGUGAAUGAUGAAGGCGCCUGCAGCAGUGUCGACAAUUAUGAAUAGAAAUUAGGCCUCCUGCUUUAGAUUCAAUAGCUUGUAUGCCCUUUUUUUUCUUACUUUAAGUGUUUCAGAGAAUAAAUGUAAAUUUACUCUUUCAUUUCCAUUUAUAGUCAAAUUGUCAUUAUAGAAUCUAUAGUUGCUGUAGUUUGGUAAAAGUUCAAUACGGAGUUGCUCUUUGGCGUUCUUCUUUUACAAAACUAAAUUGCUGUCUUAUAAAUCCUUGGGUUACUGUAGUUUUCUCAUGGAUGGAUAAGGUAUUUAUUUAUUUAGAAUAGUAACUAUUUAUCUUCAUAAACAUGUAACUAUCUAUGCCUUUCCUUUAUUGUGGUUUAUACAUGUCCUCAAGCAUUCAUUUGUCUGGGUUUUACACCUAAAUACCAUGUAGCUCGCCUUGCUAAGGGCUGGUGUACCCUGAGAUUAGUUGGGACGCUAUUCUUAGACACCCGUUGCCAAUAAAAAAAGAGAGUAAUUCCAAUGGUCUUUGGAUUAAAUGGCUUCUCCUUCCAUAAAACAAGAUGAGGGGUAAGGUUAUGGGUUCAAUACCAUCUGGAUAUGUUAGUUCAGAUCACCUUUAGGAAAAGCCGGGUUUCAAGUUAUGCAGUAUUUUCCUGAGAACACCGCAGAGAAUAUAUGAUAGGACAGAACAUGACUGAAAGCUCUUUGAGACUAGAAGUACGGGGAGUGGUAACACGUAGAAUGGAGCAGUAUGAAAUUCUAGAGCAGAUCGGAAAAGGUUCUUUUGGUUCAGCACUUCUUGUGAGGCAUAAACAUGAGAAAAAGAAGUAUGUUCUUAAAAAGAUUCGUCUUGCUCGCCAGACUGAUAGAAUUCGCAGAUCUGCUCACCAGGAGAUGGAGCUUAUAUCUAAAGUACGGAAUCCAUUUAUUGUGGAGUACAAAGAUUCCUGGGUGGAAAAGGGUUGCUUUGUUUGCAUUGUCAUUGGAUAUUGUGAAGGAGGAGACAUGGCAGAAGCUAUUAAAAGGGCCAAUGGUGUUCACUUUCCUGAAGAGAAACUUUGUAAAUGGCUAGUUCAACUCCUAAUGGCACUCGAUUACUUGCACAUCAAUCACAUUCUUCAUCGGGAUGUCAAGUGCUCAAAUAUAUUUCUGACUAAAGAUCAAGACACGCGUCUAGGUGAUUUUGGUCUUGCUAAGAUGUUGACCUCUGAUGAUCUUGCUUCCUCGGUUGUGGGAACUCCAAGUUACAUGUGUCCCGAGCUUCUUGCGGAUAUACCUUAUGGUUCCAAAUCAGACAUAUGGUCUUUGGGAUGCUGUAUAUAUGAAAUGACUGCUCACAAGCCUGCAUUUAAAGCCUUUGACAUGCAAGCUCUUAUUAACAAAAUAAAUAAGUCUAUUGUGGCCCCCCUACCGACCAUGUACUCUUGUGCAUUACGAGGACUCAUUAAAAGCAUGCUGCGGAAAAAUCCAGAACUUAGACCAAGUGCUGCAGAGUUGCUCACUCAUCCACAUCUUCAACCUUACAUCCUUAAGAUUCAUCUAAAACUGAAUAGCCCUAGACAGAAUACUUUCCCAGUCCGAUGGUCUGAUUCCAACUACGUAAAGAGAACAAGAUUUGUGGAGCCAGAAACAAUUUCAGUUCAUUCAGUGAAAGAGAAGAGGAUGUCAUUCAGCAAUGACAGGACUCUGAAUCCUAGUAUAUCUGAAACUGAACAGGACUCCAUGUGUUCUUCUCAAACAGCUCAGGAAUUCCCAAGCUUGAGUCAAAAGUUAGCAGAUUUAUCGGUUGGCUGUGUCUACGAAGAAUAUGAUAUUGACACAUCAACAACCACCAAGUUUUCAAGUGUUGCCAAGGCCCAAAGAUUGACACCAAGAAAGGUUUCUGCUACAUCAAAAAGACAGACGACACCAUCGAAGAUAUACCACAUUGUUUCAAAACAUGACCCACUUCCGAUGUCACAAACUCCUGUGAGAAGAUCUUCUCAGCCAACACGAAGAGCCUCUCUUCCAUUGCCAACAAGAACUGCAGCGUUGGAAAACCCUUAUAGAGCCAAUGUUGGUCUGUUUCACAGCAUGGAGUCUCCAGAUGUCUCUGUGAAUGCCCCACGUAUUGACAAGAUUGCUGAAUUCCCCUUAGCUUCUUCUGAAGAUCCCCUCUUUCCAAUCCAUCAAAAGUCAUCAACAUCUGCACAAUGCUCUUCUAACUCGCCAAAAAGAGGUGAACGCUCAAUCACCAAGGACAAGUGUACAGUCCAAGUUGUGGAUAAAACCUUUGCCAGGCCCAGUGUCACUGAUGCCAGCCAUGGAGCUACAGGAAAUGGUAGCGAUUGCUCUGAGCAUAAUCCAACAACUGGCAUUUCAAGUCGUUCAUCUUCCGAGUCACAACAGCGUCGGUUUGAUACCUCAUCGUACCAGCAGCGUGCGGAGGCAUUGGAAGGGUUGCUCGAGUUCAGCGCACGGCUCUUACAACAAGAAAGGUUCGAGGAGCUUGGUGUGUUGUUGAAGCCGUUUGGGCCCGAGAAAGUUUCUUCCAGGGAAACUGCAAUAUGGUUGACCAAGAGCUUCAAGGAGGCAGCAGUUUAACUGGAAUACUGAUGCCAUUAGAUUUUCGAAAGUGUAGAUUGUUUUUUAUAUCUUUGAUAUUUGAAAAUUGAAAGAGUAG